CAUUAACCCGACGCCACAGCGGAGCUCAGCCAACAGGGUUCUUUGGGUGGCGUCCUAAAACCCAUCUCUUCCUCGCCUUCUUCUCCUCUCCUCCUCUAGAGCGAGCAAGCGAUACAGGGGAGGGAACCCUAUCCCUUCUUCUUGCGCACCGGAGAGAUUCUUGUAGGCGCUGGCUCGUAGAUCGGAUCGCAGAAGGCUUUAGAGUGGAGCUUUGGAACGGCUGAAUCUUUCGAUUACGUCUGUUCUUCUUCUCGUUCUGCCCUGAAUAAAUUCCUGCAAGAGGAUCGAUCAGGACCCAUUAUCUUGAAUUCUUGGAGUUUAUUGUUUUUUCUUUAGAAGCAAGAUUUACCAGUUGUUUUGCUUGGGAGCAGAAGGAAGUGAAAGGGGCCAUUUUUUUUUCCUGUGAUCAACUGUUUCAAGAAGUGGAGGGGGAUAGUUCGUAGCGUUAUAUGGCAUUCUGGACUCGAUAUGGAAGUAUUUAGUUUGGUUUGUGAGGAAUCUUGGUGCCUUGAUUGAGAAAUAAAUCAUGGAUAUGGGUUUCUCGCUGCGUUGUGUCAGGAACAUUGGAGGGUAUUGGUGUAACCUCUUUCUGGCUACUUGGCUCUGAGUAAAAAGAAUCUGGAAUUUAUAUGAGGACUUACCGGUAAGAAGGGCGGAAUGAACAACACUUUCAACAACCAAGUUUUAGCUGAAAAGCUAUCUAAGCUCAACAAUUCUCAACAAAGCAUCGAAACAUUGUCACAUUGGUGCAUUUUUCACCGGAAGAAAGCCAAACAGGUUGUUGAGACGUGGGAGAAGCUGUUUAAUAGCUCCCCGAAAGAACAAAAAGUCUCUUUUCUAUAUCUGGCAAAUGAUAUCUUACAGAACAGCAGGCGCAAGGGGAGUGAGUUUGUAAAUGAGUUUUGGAAGGUCCUUCCUGGAUGUUUGAAAAAUGUAUAUGAGAAUGGAGAAGAAAAUGGAAAGAAAGUGGUCAUGAGAUUGGUAGAAAUAUGGGAUGAAAGGAAAGUCUUUGGUUCUCGUGGACGAAGCCUUAGAGACGAUCUUCUUGGUAACACUCCUCCUCCUUUGUUGGAUAACAAUGGAAAGAGUUCAAAUCCCAUAAAAGUAGUGAAGAAAGAUGCAAGUUCAAUAAGAUUUAAACUGGCUGUUGGAGGAAUGCCUGAGAAAAUAGUAACUGCAUAUCAAGGUGUCCUUGAGGAACAUUUCAGUGAAGACACUGCCUUAAAUAAAUGCAAAUCUGCCACUCGACUUGUUGAGAAGAUGGAGAAGGAUGUUGAUGAUGCCUGCACUCAAGGUAAUCAGCAAAGAUUACCAUUGUUAACUGACCUUCAGGAGCAGGAAACUAUUCUAAAGCAAUGCAUUGAGCAACUUGAAAGUGUCGAAUUGGCUAGAUCAUCCUUGGUUGCUCAGCUAAAGGAAGCACUUAAAGAACAGGAAUCAAAGCUGGAGCUUAUCCACACUCAAAUACAAGUUGCUCAAGCUGAGGUUGAACGCGCCAGCAACAUGAGGCAGAGACUUGGUUCAGCCACCACCGGCAGUGGUCCUAGCCUUAGCCCCAACCCUCGCAAUAUGACCCAACCUAUCAUGACUUUUCCACCAGAGACUCCUGUAAUAGAACCCAGCCCAUCCCCCACGAAACCCAUCACCCCGCAAGUUCAACCACCGCAACCUGUGACAACUUUUGUAAAUACCUUAAGCAGUGCAGAAGAGGAGCACAAGAAAGCAGCAGCCGCUGUUGCAGCGAAGCUCACUGCUUCAUCUUCCUCAGCACAAGUGCUGACCUCUAUUCUGUCAUCUUUGGCUGCUGAAGAAGCCGCUUCCAAGAAUGGUGGUCUAAGUACCGGUGCCUUUUCCAGCAGCGCACCCAUUUUCCCAGUGGAUAAAAGGCCUAGACUCGAGAAACCCAUGAGUGUCUCUGAUAUGAGUACUUCUUAUUUUGGACAGGCCCAGCAGCAGUUGCAACAGCAAAUGACAUCCGUUCCUCUUUCACUUCCUCAAGGCUCAGCCACAACUAUGCAACCAUUGUCCCAGGCUAAUCAGGCAACUCAACCCUUUCCACCACCUCCCCCACCUCUGCCACCAUUUCCACCACCCCCAGUGCAGCAGCAGUAUGUACAGACUAGUGGAAUGAUGGUAGGGGUGGUGCCUUUUGGGUAUGUGGGUACUUCUCUCCCCCCACCACCUCCUCUGCCAGCCCACGUAUCAAUGGGCUUGACAAGACCUGGUGCUCCACCUCCACCACCGCCACCACUGCCACCGCCACAGCAGCAGCAGCAACCACAGCAGCUGCAAUCAGGUACAACAGGGUUUUACCAGUCCCCAGGAGUUGGAUUUUAUGGGCAAGUGCAGCCGACAACGCCAGUCCAACGACAAUGAGAAGUAUCUUCGGUGGCUGUGGGUCGUUUGCAUGACCCAUUGUCUUGAUAUGUAUAUUAAUAGCCCCUUUUCUGGGAAUAUAUCAUAUUUCAUGAAAUUGGUAGAUAUGGUCAAGGCAAAGCAGGAUCAGCACUGAAAUGGAAAUGUAGGUUGACAGAAGCAUAAAUUUCUCAUCUGUGACUGUUGGUCGUAGAGAAAAAUAUGAGAUCUUCUGAGAAUGUCUCUGGGUGCGUGCA